CUAACAGACACAACACAAGUUGAGGCGGACACAACGGAAAGGCGGUCACAUUUCACAUACUUACCUGCAAAUGUGAUAGACGUGGGUGUUUGUAUCAGUGGGUGUGUAUGCCGUGCCUGAUAGAGUUCACGGAUUUGCUGAUUGUACUUUCUUGGAAUUCGUGAGAAUCCUUUAAUCUCCGCUCGUGCAACACCACACUCGCGCACGUCGAGGCGCAGUAUCCAGAGCACAGAAGGCAUCCAUGUAUCUUUGAGAAGACCUGUAUAACUCACCUCUCUCAGACCAGAACUGAGCACUAAGAGAGACACAUCUCUACAAUUUACCGGGAAACACGCACUGGACACAUUUCCAUCACUUCUUCAGAUUUUUGUAUGUAGCAGGUGUUUUACGGAAAACUGUUUUUUGACUUUCUCACCUGUCUUCAAAAUACUUUUGCUCCAGUCUAGUGACAUUCACGACGUAUAUCUUCAAGUCAGUUUAAAGUGAUCGACAUCAACGUGAGACAUGGAUAACAGCCCUGGUGGAGUCAUCCUGUAUGCAGGGUCCUCUGGCAGUUCCAGCCCCAGCCCUGGCAGCCCUGGCAGCCCCUCCAGUGGGUACCAAACACAGUCACCUUCUCCACACUCCCAGCCCUCAUCUCCAGAGGAGGUGGUCUUCACAGAGAUUGGGGUUUUGAAACAUAGGGCAGCUACGUGCAAAACCUCAUCCUCCAAACUGGUAUUCCAGUUCCCACAGAUCCACAGUGGCCCUGCAGCGGCAGCCACUCCACAUGCUACCUAUGCACACCCCAUCGCCGGAAAGAGGCCUUGCGGGUUUACAGGAACUUUCACGAAGACAGGUGGAAUGGUUCUGCUUUGCAAAGUCUGUGGGGACAUUGCAUCUGGUUUCCACUAUGGAGUACAUGCAUGCGAGGGAUGCAAGGGUUUUUUCCGCCGCAGCAUCCAGCAGAACAUCAACUAUAAGAUGUGUGUGAAGAAUGAGAGCUGUCUGAUCAUGCGCAUGAACCGCAACCGGUGCCAGCACUGCCGCUUCAAGAAAUGCCUCUCUGUUGGCAUGUCAAGAGAUGCUGUGCGUUUUGGCCGCAUCCCCAAGAGAGAGAAGCAGCGACUCCUGGAUGAGAUGCAGAGCUACAUGAACAGCCUAAAUGAGUCGGCUGCCAUGGAGAUGGACUCCCCAUCAGUGAGGGAAACUGCCAGCAGCUCAGAAGAUGUCGACUCAAAAGAGGCCAUUGGGGCUAUCUCCAGAGCCUACCGUGACAUCUUCACCAGCAGCAACAGCCAAGAGAGAGCAGCCAAGAGGGAUAACAUCUCUACCAGCAAUAACACAUGUCCCUUUUCUCAAGGUGCCAGUUUUAGCCAAGUCUCCUCUCACCCUACCUCCGGCCAGAGUUAUCAGUCUUGCCCUGUUGCGUCUGCCAGUCAUUGCCCAGUUGCACCAAAUGAAAACCAAUCUACGUACCACAAUGUUGACAACAAUCGCAACACCUACUCAGUGUCAACCAAUCAGAAUCAUGAUCAGUCCAACGGUACAACCUCUCAGAGGGGCAGCUCUGCCAAUCAUAACAGUUUUCACAAUGCAGGAAGUUCCCAAAACCAGCCCUCCUGCCCAUGGAAAUUAGCUUCAGGAGCCAAAGUGCUGGCCUGUCCUCUCAAUGCGUGGCCCGUAUCAGGCGCAGAGCGCACGAGUCAGGAGAUAUGGGAAUCCUUCUCGCAGUGUUUCACUCCAGCUGUCAAGGAGGUGGUAGAGUUUGCCAAGGGCAUCCCAGGAUUUCAAGAGCUUAGCCAACAAGACCAAGUCAUGCUGCUCAAAUCAGGCACCUUCCAGGUUCUGAUGGUGAGGUUCUGCACCUUGUUCAAUGCUGAGGAGCGUACAGUGACUUUCCUGAAUGGCCAAACUUACCCCCUGUCCACCCUGCGGGCCUUGGGCAUGGGCACUCUGCUGGACGCAAUGUUUGACUUCAGUGAGAAGUUGGGCUCCCUGGGGCUGGAGCCUGAUGAAAUGGCCCUCUUCAUGGCUGUGGUGCUGGUCUCUGCAGAUCGUUCUGGCAUCUUGGACAUGCAGGCUGUGGAGCAGCUACAGGAGGGUCUGAUCCGUGCCCUACGGUCACUGAUCACUCGUCGUCGCCCAGAUGAGAACGCCCUCUUCCCCAAACUCCUCCUGCGCCUGCCAGACCUGCGCACCCUCAACAAUCUGCACUCUGACAAACUGUUGGCCUUUCGCAUCGACCCUUGAGCGCGCACACACACACACACACACACACACACACACACACACACACACACACACGGGACAGGACUUGAAAAUUGAAGAACAAGGACUUGUGCAAACUGAGGAGUGCUUUUCAAAGGGAUAGAUGAGGGCAGUUGACUCACUAUUGAUCUUCAUGCUGUUUUGGGCCAAAUAAACUCAUGUCGACACAUAAACCUCAACACCCCUUGAAAAACAUUGUGCCAGUAAAAAAAAAAAAAGAUCAUGUAGAUUUAGUAUAACUCUUUUGGACAAAUCAUUUGUGCACUUGCUUAUUAUAUCCAGUGUACUUAAGAAUAAAAGCCAGUUCACUUCUGUUUAUUCCUUAAGCCGUACAGUAUCAACAGGCCAUCACUAAGCAGCAGCUAAAAGAAAGCAAUUACUUAGGGACCAUUAGUGAUGAUUGACUAUGUCAGUCUGUGUUUAAGAGAAAGGGAACCUGUAUAUAAUACAUAGUGAAAACUGAAAUAUUAAGGUAAAUGUGCAUCAAUGUUUCACAAACAUACCAUCUGCAUUACUGAAAUGAGUUCAAUGUUUUAAUGUGUCCCCUGUACACAAUAAGCUGCAUUCUGUCUCUUCCUUUUUUAUGACCAAUCUUCCAGAAAACAUUUGGCACACGUUGGGUUUAAGUAUGCCAACUUCAUAAAUCAAUGGCAUGUUGUAUUAUUUCACAAAAACAUUGUAUCUGCGUCACUAUAUCGUAUGACAGCUGGACUGAUGGAGACGCCUCGUGCAUGUUUGGUUUUGUAGUUCCUUUGUUUAUUUGUGUUGCUGUAAAUAUUAUGUUACCCUAAUGUCUAUGUAUCAAUGAUUGAAUUGAUGUGAUGGAUCGGAAGGAUGAGUUUGGUGUAAAGAAGAAUGUACUGACCUUCCUGUAAUAGGUGGGGGUUUGGCCAUGCCAAGGGGGCUUUGCACUGGAGAACAUGUAGUAGGGAUUCUCAGACGGCUUAGACGCACUUAAUGAUGUAACCAACCAGCAUAAUCCCUGAAAUCACCAGCACUCACUCCAAAACGCACCCUUCCUCUGCCCCCAAUGUUUGUCAUACAAACACAAUAGAUAUUUUUGUGUGAAAGAUCUUAUUUGAUUGGUCUUCUCACUGUUUGUUUGUUUGAUUAUGGCUGAUUGAGCACAUUGUGUACAUUUUGUAAAUAUCUAUUCCUAAAUAGAAAUUAUAUAAUGAUAUAAAAUUCAAAUUAUGUAUUA